AUGCAGCAGUCGCAUCCCUUUGACGAUAACAUCAUCUCCCGCCGGGCAACUCGCGCUCCCAUAGAACCCUCGUCGCCGCCGCCACCACCACCGCAGGCGUCGUCACGAGAGGCUCCCGGCAUCGAGGCCGUGCUGUCGAGCCCCAAGACGCCCGUUCUGCGCUCCGUCUUCUCGUCCGCCCGCCUGCCGCGAAGCUCGUCGCUGAUCCCGCCGCUGCACGGCUCGCCGCCCAGCGCCAGCACCGCUGCUGCUAUCAACACCAACUCGCCGCCUCACCACGCAAACGCCAGCCAGCACACGCAUCGCGGCCCCGUGCACCCCCCCGUCAGCCUCAAGCGGCCGUCAACGCCGUCGUCGCAGCUCAACAGGGGCGCCAGCUCCGGAGCGUCGCCGCAGGAAGCCUCCCGGACCCGCAACCGCUGGUCGACGUCGUCCAUCUCGUCUGCGUCCAGUCGCACGUCCCCUUAUGCCUCUCGCCAGGCCUCGAUAUCGAAUUCUCGUAUCCGUCGCGCCAGUCUUGAAGCAGCUCUCUCUCCUCCAUCGGUCCCUCCCCCUCCUCUCCCACCCGCCCAGGCACCUCCUCGCAAACCGUCUUACACGGUCCGAAGCCGUUUCAACUCUUCAGACAGCGGCGUGACGCCCACGUCGGUACAUCCAAUGAGGUCUGAGUCGAGCAUGUCCAUGAGGCACUACGAGAACGGCCAGCUACGCUCCGUAUCGCCCAAUCCUUACGCAAACCCUACCACCACUACAUCGUCCACCGCCAGGAUGCCGCAUGAACAUAGCCAUGAUCCCUAUGCCCCCCGGGGCCAUUCAAGGGACCACUCUGGGAAAAGCAGCAGAGAUUUGGGCAAGCCCCGCGCUCAGAAGAACCCCUCUCAAAAGGCAAUGCUUUCUCGUGCGCUGCAAAAGGCCAACACUGCAGUACAGCUUGACAAUGCUCAAAAUUUCGAGGGCGCUCGAGAAUCGUAUGCCGAGGCCUGUGAUUUAUUACAGCAGGUGCUGGACCGAACUUCAGGAGAUGAGGAUAAGCGGAAGCUUGAAACAAUUCGCGCAACUUACACCAGCCGGAUCGACGAGCUGGAUCAAAUGGGCCCUUGGCAAGAUGAGAAUGUCAAGGCUCUACCCGCCCGCCCAGAAAGCGAAGAUUACGGCGCGUCCAUAUACAUGCAUCAGGACUACGAAAUGAUGGAGGAGGCUCCCAGAAUUGAAACGGCAAGAGUCGUCAGCAUUAUUGGAGAUGGCAGUUCCCCAGUUGCACAUCAGUGGCAGCAAGAUUACACAACAACAGAUCGACAGCAGCCCGCUCGUACUUUGGAACCAGGGAUGUUGCAGUCCUCAUUCUCUCGAUCUCCUCGACGACUCCGCUCUACAGAUAAUCUCCGGGCACAGAGUCAACAAGAGGCUUUGUAUGCACCGGCGCCCCUAUCUCCUCGUUCACCAUCCCCAAUGAAGAUGCAUCCAGAGGAAUACACCGAGAUGGUACAAGAGCAUCACGAACCUCAUCACCAGCACUACCACCAGCGACAGCCCAGCGACUCCGUCCUCCCUUAUGAUAUGCAGGAUUUCACAGAAGGAACCCAGAAUUCAUGGUUGGAUCCAAUUGAUGAAUCAGGUGCUUCAACCGUCUCGUCUGUACAUUCGCGUACAUCAUCGCUAGGCUACCGCCGGCGUCAUAUUAGGGCUGCCAGCGGUAACACGGAGGCGGAAUUCGACACAGCGCUGGACGCUGCUAUCGAAGCUGCAUAUGACGAUGGUUUCGAGCCCAUGGAAACCGAAGAUUACGAUGCCAUGGAUCCUCGUGAAGACGUCGUCGCAAGCGUAAUGCAAAGGGUAGAGAAGGCACGAGAACAAGUAAGACAGACUGAACAGGAAGCAUAUGAUGACCUAGCGAUGCUGCGACAAGCGCACCAGCAAAAUCAACACUAUCUCCAAGAAGAGGAGGAUAAAUAUACACCAGACGGAUUCUACGAGGAUGACUCUUCAGAAGAUGAGGAGAGGCUACUGGACGAGAUAACCCGCGACUUUGCAAUCGAAGAUUUUACCAUGACGCAGCCGCAGUCGAAUACCGCAACGGUGUCGGCCAGCCAGCAGGAAGCAUGGAAUGAAGACGAGACAAGGCCAGACUUUAUAUCAGGCGUUCGAUCGUUUUCUGCCCUAUCUCAAAGACCACCCAUCCCCCAGACCUCAAAUAUCAUGCAACCAGCAGCCCCACCACCAACUACGACAUUACCACCACCGCCAACCACGACAUUACCAGAAGUGCCAAAAGGCUCUGAUUCUCCAUCCCACGGCGUGCGGAAUCGCCGAAUGUCUGGGCAGAAUCCAAAGCAGCUCAAGAUUGAAACCACGAAUCUCGGGCAGUCAAACACCAGAACAGUGUAUGACGACGACGAAAUAUCCCCAAGCACGGUAGACAGGGACCUGGUAGAAGCAUUGGUUCGAGGAGCCAGCGCACACCCUGUAAAGCAACUGAAUGCGGCAGACAACGAGUCAAAGAUUCCUGGAUCACCCAGUGCCAAAAAGAAGCUGAUAGAUGGAGAAGAUGCGACCGCAGCCAAUGCGUCGCCUUCCAUCCACAGAUUAAAAAAGAAUUUCUCAUCUUCCAGCUUGCGGAGCAUGAAGAAUCGAAACAUGUCAGUGUCACAUCUUGACGAUAACUCGGACGUAUCACCUGGCACCCCCAAUGGCAAUCCAUUUGGCAAGACGCCUGCUGUGCCUGCGCUGCCGACGCCUCUCAUUACUUCAUUCAGGGACAACGGGGAGGCUGGCGGUGGUGCUGGACUCCACUUGUUUGACGACAAUUUCCAUGCGGCGGCCACUCCCGGUCCCCAGAGUCCAGUGGUGUCAAUGGAAGUUCCUGCACCUCUGGAGCCUUGCCCUAAUGACUUUAUGCUGCGGCCGUUUUGGCUGAUGCGCUGUCUCUACCAAACAUUGGUGCACCCCAAGGGCGGCUAUGUCAGCACGAAGCUGUUUGUACCGCGGGAUGUGUGGCGAGUGAAAGGGGUCAAGAUUAAGAACGUUGAAGAUAAAGUUGCAAACUGCGAUUUCCUCACUGCAGCGCUGCUGAAGCUGGCCAAGGUUGACACGUUUGAUGCGGACGCUGUACUGGAAGAGAUGCAGUCCUUGGAGGGCGUUCUUGAACAGGUCCAAUCGUCUCUUGCCCGGAAGCUUGGGAGCGAAGUUGGAGUCCAAGGCGGCCACAUCUUCAAAGAUGCCUCCGUGGACGGAGAGGGAGGCUCAAACGUACCACGUUCGGGCAGUGUGUCUGGGAAAGCAUCUGCGUUUUCAUGGCGAAGACUUCGACCAAAGACGUCGGGCGUCGGGCUGGGCGGAUCAUAUAGCAACCGCAGUGCAAGUAUGGAAACCAAGGAGGUGACGACGCUGGCGACUCUCCCCAUGACGCCGAAGCCGACCAGCCGUCCGCCGAAGCGAGAUGUCAGCCAGGCUCAGUUUAUCGGCCCCAACGCGAUGUACAUGGGCUCGCUAGCCCGUUUGUUUGAUGCUGCGCAGGCAAUUGAUCAAAUCGCAAGACAAGUCGAAGAUCCCGGCCUGCGACAUGCAGACAAAACCCAAGUCGGCCUAGAGCUUUGCACACGUCACGCGGCCGAAUUCUUUGGCUUCUACAUCUGUCGGUUUGUCCUCGCCGAUCUUAGUCUACUGCUAGACAAAUUCCUCAAGAGGGGAAGCGAAUGGGUUCUUACAUAAGAGAGACAAGAGAAAGAGAAAGAGUUGCUGUGUUUUAUACAAUGUGAUACCUUACGAUCAAGAGACGGAAAUAAUUAAUCUGGAACUUAGAAUAAUGUUCAUGACUGGACGAUUAUAUAUAUACCUAUAUAUAGUAAUGGCAGCUGUGUGGGAUAUCGGUGCCGACAUAUGACACAAGGUCGCGUUUCGAAGAUGUGCUUACAAGAGAUGUGAGUGGGCUCUUUAUGAUACUUGCAUGUACAUACAUGUAUUAUAGACUACGGUUGCGGCUUUUAGCUACAAGGCAAGGGAUGGGAUAUGACCGCCGUAAAAC